CCACAUUUGUCGGUCGAGGAGACCUAUGGUACCGUAAGUAGUACCAUACAACAAUUAUCCAACAGCGACAGGAAUAUCGCCGAUGGCAAGGUUGCUGGGGUAUGCGCCGCGAACGCCCUUCCAGAUUAUCAAUCCGAGGAUGACGACAAUUUUGAAAAAUGAGCUUGAGAACACAAAAAGGCGGGAGGAGAAGAAGAAGAAGGGAAGGACGAUGGAUUCACAGGGAGAAAAGCAGAAUAUGAAGAAGGGAGCAACUAAGAAUGGGGGGAAAGGACGAUCAUUUGAGAAAGGAGAUCCAAUCCUGUACUUCUAUGGGAGUUCUUGGAUCAAAGGAGUUAUAUUGAAAAAGAUCUCAAAAGUAGUUUAUUUGGUACAACUGGGUAACAAACAUAUGAAAUGUCACAGGGAUCAAUUGAAGGCAUAUAAGCAGAAAGAGUCAUUUGUAGCAGCCAACGGAUCUCAUAAGUCAAGUAUACGAAGAAGUUGUAACGCUCCGCUAUCGCCUGAACUUGAUUAUGAUUCUUUGGAAGACGACGUCUUCUACAGUCCGGAGAAAUUGUUACCCGUUUCGCCUAGUACACCAUUCAGAAGAAGUUCCCGGCUUCGUCAGAAAACGCGAGUGAAUUACAAAGCAUGAAAAAAAUAUAGUUAAUAAUAUUAUGCUGUCAAUGGUUUAAAUUUCUUGAAAUAUUGUUUGUGUUUAAAAAAAGGAGGGAAAAUGUAAUGUAUUGAAAUAUUCAUUGUUAUGGUGGGGGGUUAUAUAAGCUGUAAUCAGUGGUACCAGAGCUCUCUCUGGAUCUGAUACUUGAGGAAUGAAGUGAUAUUCAAGAAUACAA